CUGAUCCGUACUGAGGAAGACGCUGGAGAGACCUGGAAAUUCAUCAGGGCAGCUUAGAUCACGGCCAUCAAUUCUAGAACUUUUGGCUGCACAACGCUCUUGUUCCGAGGCUGCUCAAGGGAUGAAGAAAGCAGAGCACGACCCUGGAAACCACACACAAGGGCAGCCAUCACAGGGUGCAAGGAAAGACCCUCCUGUCCCUCAGGUCGAGACUGUCGGGGAAUUCCUACAAAUGCGACCAGGGGAAGAGGUUAAGCAGGAACCGGAUGAGGGUUCCCUCCAGCAGUGGGAGACCCAAUGGCAGGAAUUCUUGAAGACGGUGGAGGCCCCUCACUCGGGCUGGGUGAGUCCUGGGCUGCCCGAGGAGCCGUGGGAAGAUCCGAAGGCCUUCCUGGCCUCCUUCGAGCAAGUGGCCGAGGCUUGCCGGUGGCCCAAGGAAGAGUGGGUAGGUCGCCUCUUGCCGGCCCUGCGAGGGGAGGCCGAGCAGGCCUUUCUCAGCCUGGAGGCCAAAGACAGAGAGGAUUACGGGAGCGUGAAGGCGGCCAUCUUGCGAGGGGAUGCCCUGAGGAGGGAGGCGCAGCGCCAGCGCUUCCGGCGGUUCCGCUACGAGGAGGCCGAGGGGCCGCGGGGGGCUUACAGCCGGCUGCGGGAGCUUUGCCGUGGGUGGCUAAGAAUCGAGAAGGACUCCAAGGAGCAGAUCCUGGAGCUGCUGAUCCUGGAGCAGUGGCUGACCAUCCUGCCCCCCGAAAUCCAGAGGUGGGUCCGGGAAUGCGGCCCAGAGACCUGCUCCCAGGCCGUGGCCCUGGCUGAAGAUUUCCUUCUGACGCAGCGGGAGGCCAAGAGGCACGAAAACCGGGUCUCCUCGGAGGAGGCUGUGAGUGGGUCUGAAAUGGGUCAGACUCCACCAGACGUCCGGCAGAAGCAUCUUUGCGUGGAGAUGAAGAAGGAAAAUAACAACGGAGAGGCCGUCCUGUUCGGUGAUGAGUGGAAAAGCGAGCGCCCGAGGGAGCCGUGUACGCUUUUGCCAGAAAAAGGCGAGCAUGAGGAGUUGACGAUUUGGAGUCGAGAUGGACCAGUCAGCCAGGAGAGAAACCACAUGGAGGAUAAGCGGGAUGUCCCUGCUCAGAUUGGUGACUUCCAUGUAAUCUCAGUCCGGCAAGAAACCCAGAAGGAAAAGAGAAAGGAGACGUGCCUUAGCGAUCAUUGGGGAAUUAACAGUGAAGAGGAAUCAAAUAAAAGCUUAAUUUUUCAACGGAGCUUCAGCAAGAGUGGAAAUCUUAAUGAAUGUGAAAUGCUUCAGGAAGAGGGGAGAUCAUAUAUAUAUAUGGAGUGCGGAGAGACUUUCCCUCAUAGCACAACCCUCCAAUCACGUGAAGCUAUCCAGGCAGGUGAUGUGCGAUAUCCAUGCUCAGACUCAAGCGAGAGCUUUUGCAACCAGGCAAGUCUUACCAAACAUCCCAGAGUGCCAAGAGGGGAGAAGCUGUAUAAGUGCUUGGAAUGUGGAAAAAGCUUUGGUCGGAGCGCACACCUCACUUCACAUCAGAUAAUCCACACAGGGGAAAAGCCGUACCAAUGCUUGGAAUGUGGGAAAAGCUUUGUUCAGAGUGCCCACCUUGUUUCACAUCAGAUAAUCCACACAGGGGAGAAACCAUAUCAAUGCUUGGAGUGUGGGAAGAGCUUCAACAAGAGCACAAACUUCCUCAGGCACCAAAAGAUCCACAAAGGGGAGAAACCACACCGAUGCUCAGACUGUAGCAAAAGCUUCUCUGACAAGCCAAGCCUUAUCCAGCAUCAGAGAGUUCACACAGGAGAGAAGCCAUAUAAAUGCUCGGAAUGCGGAAAGAGCUUCAGCCACAGGGGAAGCCUUAGUGCCCACCAAAGGAUGCACACAGGGGAGAGGCCCUAUACAUGCUCCGACUGUAGCAAAAGCUUCCGUGAUCAAUCAAGUCUUAUUCGACACAAAAGAAUCCACACGGGGGAGAAACCAUACACAUGCUCAGAGUGUGGAAAGAGCUUCAGCCAGAGCACAAACCUGACUUUACAUCAGAGAAUUCAUAAGGGAAAGAGAUCCAAUAAGUGUCCUGCAUGUGGGAAAAGCUUUAGUUGCAAAUCCAGCCUCAAAGCUCACCAGAGAGUCCACACUGGAGAGAAACCCUAUAAGUGUUUGGACUGUGGAAAGAGCUUCAUCCAAGUCUCCAAUCUUACUGCCCAUAAAAGAACCCACACAGGGGAGAAACCAUACCAGUGUUCUGAGUGUGGAAAAAGCUUCAGCCGGAGUGACCAUCUUACUUUACAUCAGAGAACACACACAGGGGAGAAACCUUACUCAUGUGCUGAGUGUGGGAAGAGCUUCAGCCAGAGCACAGACCUCACCUCACAUCAGAGAAUACAUACUGGUGAGAAACCAUACAAAUGCCUGGAGUGUGGAAAGAAUUUCAGUCGGAGUUACCGCCUUACUAUACAUCAGAGAAUGCACACUGGGGAGAAACCAUAUAAAUGCUUAGAAUGUGGAAAGAGCUUCAGCCGGAGUGACCAUUUGACUUCGCAUAAAAGAAUGCACGUGGGGGAGAAAUCAUAUAUUUGUGCUGACUGUGGGAAGAGCUUCAGGUGGAACUCAAGGCUUGUGGCUCACCGGCGGCUGCAUACCGGUGAGAAACCUUACAAGUGUUCCCUCUGCGGGAAAAGUUUCCGCAGGAAUGCUCAUCUCUGCCAGCACCACCGGAUCCACACGGGGGAGAAGCCCUACGAAUGUCCCGACUGUGGGAAGAGUUUCAAUGACAAGUCAACGUUCCUGAAGCACAGGAGAACGCACACGGGGGACAAGCCCUAUCGGUGUUCCAGCUGCGGGAAGAGCUUCAUCCAAAGUUCACAUCUUUCCAGACAUCAGAGAAUCCAUGCUGGAGAAAAACUGAAAAUGUGUCCAGUGUGUGGGAAAACGUUCAAAGAUAAAUCAGCCUUAAGUAGCCAUUGCAGAACUCAUACAGGAGAAAAACCAUAUGAAUGUGGGGAGUGUGGAAAAAGCUUCAGUCGGAAUCAAAAUCUUAUUCGUCAUAAAAUCAUUCACACUGGGGACAAACCAUAUAAAUGCAUGGAGUGUGGAAAGAGCUUCAGUAUGAGUAUUAAUCUUACAUCACAUCAAAGAACCCACACAGGAGAAAAACCUUAUAAAUGUACAGACUGCGGAAGGAGCUUUCGUCAUCGUAGUAGUCUCACUGAACAUCAGAGAAUGCACACAGGGGAGAAACCUUAUACAUGUAUGGAAUGUGGUAAGAGUUUCAGUGUGAGUGGUAGCCUUACUUUGCAUCAAAGAAGACACAGUGGGGAUAAACCAUAUAAAUGCAUGGAAUGUGGAAAGAGCUUCAGCGCUAGUGGCAAUCUUAAUAAACAUCAGAGGACCCACACAGGAGAAAAACCAUAUAGAUGCAUACAGUGUGGAAAAAGCUUCCGUUUGAGUGGUAACCUUACUUCCCAUCAAAGAACGCACACUGGGGAGAAACCAUACAAAUGCGUAGAGUGCGGGAAAAGCUUCAGUGAGAGUGGAAGCCUUACUUCCCAUCAAAGAACACACACUGGGGAGAAACCGUACAAAUGCAUGGAGUGUGGGAAAAGCUUCAGUAUGAGUGGAAGCCUUCGUUCACAUCAAAGAAUGCACACGGGGGAGAAACCAUAUAAAUGCAUGGAGUGUGGGAAAAGCUUCAGUAUGAGUGGAAGCCUUCGUUCACAUCAAAGAAUGCAUACUGGAGAGAAACCAUACAAAUGUAUGCAUUGUGGGAAAAGCUUCAGGGUGAGUGGAAGCCUUAGUUCACAUCAAAGAAUGCACACUGGGGAGAAACCAUACAAAUGCAUGGAAUGUGGGAAAAGCUUCAGGGUGAGUGGAAGCCUUAGUUCACAUCAAAGAACACACACUGGGGAGAAACCAUACCAGUGCAUGAUGUGUGGAAAAACUUUCAGGUGGUGCCAGCAGCUUACAACACAUGAAAGAGUCCACAAGGAAGAAGCCACCUUAAAUGCAUGCAGCAUGGAAAGACCCUCAGUGAUGAGUGACCACUUACUAGCCAUCAAAGUACCUACACUGACAAGAAAUCAUGUGAACGUAUGGACAGAAGUACUACAGACUGGAUAAGACCUAGUGCAGCACUGGGGAAAUGCCAUUGCCCUUCCCCUCAGGAUCGUUAUGGCAGUGAACUCACAGCUGCCCUUUAUUCUUGAAAAGUCCAGUGGGAGGAAAUCUUGUCCAAAAAUGUGUCGUGAGUAUUACAUUUAGUUGGCAAGAGCAAGUCAAAGAAUUUGUAUUCAAACUUCUUAGAUGCUACUGGGACAAUACUGAGUGGCUACUUCCCAGUCUUACACUAUUUUUCUCACAACAUGACCUGCCAGAGUGUGGGGUGAAUACAGCCGGUUGUUGAAUCAACCCAGCAGCCGUGGGCUGUUCCACGAUUCAGACAACACAGUGCUCCAUGGUUCAGUGAGUCAGCCCACACUCAACCCAUACCCUGGUUUGCUUCAUUGGACAAACUGGCUCUCAAGAAUUUAACUGAAGCAGUGCCUAGAAAUGAGAGAAUUUGAGUAAUUUCCUUUCCGGAAUCAAAAAUAAUACGAAGCAGACAUAUGUCAUUUUUUCUUACUUUAUUAAAAAAAAUAUCUGACAGAAUGUUC